GAUAUGAUGAAGUAACUGUCUUGGAAUGCCAAACUGAUCGGUGCAAUAAAAGGACAGUUGUCUCUGUUCCCAGGAUAAAACUGCUUAUUCGUGUUCAGGAUUGUACCGGGAUUGUUACUUUGACGUUGUUUGAACGUGAAGUUGUUAAACUCCUAAAUGUUAACGCAAACCAACUUUUGGAUAAUAACAUGGAGUUAGCAAGCGAAGGCAAUUUUCCGAGUGAGCUGAGGGCAUUGAUAAACAGGAGGUUUGCGUUUAAGAUAGCCAUAUGUUCGUUUAAUAUAAAUAAGAAAUUAGAUGGCUACUCUGUUUCGAAGUUGACCGAAAAUCCUUCUAUCAUCAAAGAUCUUGAUGCUCAUUUUGAUGUUUACCAGGCUGCUGAUGAUGAACCUUUAGGUCCUCAUGCUUCUGAUCCAACUCCAAUUGUUAACGUUAACAUCCAGGAUUCUGUUUCCCGUGUCGUUGAUGAAGAUACUCCAAUGUCCAAUUUGAACAACAGCAUAUUUACUACACCAUCUGGAGCUCAUAUUAGUUGUUCUUCAAAGAUGCUGGACAAUGAGCUGAAGCGCAAUUUGGAGGCGGUUUAUGAUGUGGAUCUUUGUUCUUCUCAGUCUUCAACUAAACCGCGUCAGGGUGAUUGUGAGAACAAUGAAGGUUUGAAGAUGAAAGCAAAGCUGGAAGAUUAGUAAUAACA